UUUGAUCAUUCACUCGCUUUGGAGAGCUUUUCUGGCAUAUAGAAUAGUGGAACAUACGUAGGAAAAUGGUGAAGAUCUGCUGCAUUGGAGCUGGAUAUGUUGGAGGUCCUACAAUGGCAGUGAUUGCCCUCAAGUGCCCGUCUGUUGAAGUGGCCGUUGUCGAUAUCUGGGACAAACGGAUUGCAGCUUGGAACAGCGACCAGCUUCCCAUUUAUGAGCCUGGCCUUGAUGAUGUGGUGAAGCAAUGCCGAGGCAAGAACCUCUUCUUCAGCACUGAUGUCAAGAAGCACGUCAUGGAAGCCGAUAUAGUCUUCGUCUCCGUCAACACUCCGACGAAAACCACAGGCCUCGGGGCAGGCAAAGCCGCAGAUUUGACAUACUGGGAGAGCGCUGCUCGAAUGAUUGCCGAUGUCUCCGAGUCUAGCAAAGUUGUUGUUGAAAAAUCGACUGUUCCAGUUAAGACGGCUGAGGCAAUAGAGAAGAUUUUGAGCCACAACGGCAAGGGGAUCAAGUUCCAAAUCCUCUCGAACCCCGAAUUCCUUGCGGAGGGAACGGCAAUUCAAGAUCUCUUUAACCCGGACCGCGUGCUCAUUGGCGGCAGGGAAACCCCUGAAGGCCAGAAGGCCAUCCAGGCAUUGAAGGAUGUUUAUGCGCAUUGGGUGCCCGAAGACCAAAUCAUAACCACCAAUCUUUGGUCUGCAGAGCUGUCGAAGCUCGCUGCCAACGCGUUCUUGGCGCAGAGAAUAUCGUCCGUCAACGCCAUGUCUGCCCUUUGUGAGGCUACCGGGGCCAAUGUUUCGCAGGUGUCACAUGCCGUUGGCAAGGACACCCGGAUAGGCCCCAAGUUCCUCAACAGCAGUGUCGGUUUUGGGGGGUCCUGCUUCCAGAAGGACAUCCUGAAUCUUGUCUACAUCUGUGAAUGCAAUGGCCUCCCGGAGGUGGCAGAGUACUGGAGACAGGUUGUGAAGAUCAACGACUACCAGAAGAGCCGAUUUGUGAACCGUGUAGUCGCUUCCAUGUUUAACACCGUGUCGACAAAGAAGAUUGCCAUACUAGGGUUUGCCUUCAAGAAAGAUACAGGUGACACAAGGGAGACCCCAGCAAUUGAUGUGUGCAAAGGUUUGUUGGUGGACAAGGCCGAGCUUAGCAUAUAUGACCCUCAAGUCACUCAGGACCAGAUCCAAAGAGACCUCACUUUGAGAAAGUUUGAUUGGGACCAUCCAAUUCACCUACAGCCCGUGAAUCCGACCAGUUGCUUUAAUGUGGAUCAAGUGAAAGUUGUCCGGGACGCAUACGAGGCGACGAAGGGCGCCCAUGGGAUUUGCAUUCUGACUGAGUGGGAUGAGUUCAAGAGCCUUGAUUACAACAAGAUUUAUGAGAACAUGCAGAAACCGGCAUUCAUAUUUGAUGGUAGAUAUGUUAUUGAUGCAGACAAGCUGCGUGAGAUUGGCUUCAUUGUCUUCUCAAUUGGUAAGCCCUUGGAUGCAUGGCUCAAGGACAUGCCUGCUGUGGUGUAAGACUAAACUGCUCAUCGUGCUUCCAUCAAAGUCGCCCCACCCGGCAGAGGCGGUAAGUUUUGAUUCAGGUUCUUGUAUUUGCUGUUCUGUUUUUGUUAUUGGAGAUUCACAAUUUGAAAUCAAUAAGUAUUGUAAAGUUAUUGGAGAUCCAUUAAUUCAUGCAUUCCCUCCAAGAUUGUAGCCUAAAGGCA